AGAGAGAGAGAGAGAGAGAGAGAGAGAGAGAAAGAGAAGGAGAAAGAGAGAGAAAAAGAGAAGAGACAUCGGAGAGUGGCAAACUUUGCCGCAGAUUUUACAUCCCCGUACGAUUCUCACAUCGUUCAACGAGACAUCGAGUUGUCCGCGAGAGAUCUCACCGAGAUCGAUCGGCGUCGGCCGCAUCGGCAGAAUCAACGAGAGAGCGCCGAGAGAGCCACCCGGAUCCGUCGCACGAGGAAGAGUGUCAACAAGGGGACGACAGACCACGUUAGCUCGUCGGCGGACAGGGGCAAGCAAGUAGCAGGUGCAGCAGGUGCACGAGAGGUGCAGGAGGUGCGCAGCUUCUGUCAUCGAUCUCGCCGCCGCGGCUGCAGCGAGCAUGGCGCGGCCCGUCGCACACGCCGGACCGCGUCGACCGCAUGCGGAGCCGCGGCAACUCGCCGACGAGCGCGUGGCGAUUCACUCUGAGCGAACACGACUGGAUGACGAUGACUAGCACGUCCGUCGGCCGUUGAUUUCUCUCUUUGCCGAAGAGCGCGAUGAUAACGAAGAAGACGACGAAGUCAAUGGCGAUGACGACGAGGUGGACGAUGAGGUCGGCGACGAUGAGGAAGAGGUCAACGUCGGCGACGUCGCCGGUGACGAUGACGCCGCGAGAAACGGCACCGCGAACGCUGGGUCUUCCCGACGGAAUGCGGCAGGCCGAUCGAACACCUCCCGACGCAUCCUCCGCAACUUGCACAGCCCUCCCACGUCCGGCGACCUCGCAGUGAGGACGAAGACGCGAGGGGAGAACCCGGAACGGGUUGGAGACGCGAGAACAGAACGCGUGAGAGCACCGAGAGAGAGAGAGAGAGAGAGAGAGAGAGAGCGGAGAGCCGCUGCACUGCGCGGUCGCGCGCGCGGGCGGUGUUUACGUUCGCGAGAGCGAGGCGCGAGAGACGUGGACCCGCGAAAUCGGGAAAUCGAUCGGGUUUUCUCUCUUUCUCUCCCCUUUUCUCUGUCUCCCUCUCUCUCUCUCUCUCUCUCUCUCUCCCUCUUUCUCUCUCUCUCUCUCUCGCUCGCUCUCUGUCUCUGUCUUUCUGACUGCCGGAGAACGCGAUUCGGCGAUAGGAUCGCCGCGGUCCCGUUCAUUUCCCGCGCGCGCCCGUCGACGUUCAGAUUCGCGCGAGCUGUGACACGCGCAUCUGAGGAGGACUCACGCCAAGAAGAGUGCGACUCACGGCACGACGGAGGAGAAUCCGCGCACGUGUGAUCGGUGUUUACGUUCACGUGAGGCGCCAAACGCGCGCCAGUCAGGUCGACUCGCGCGUAACGCCCGCCAAGACUUUGGACGCGGAAACGGAAAGAUGCGUGUUGACGAUGCGGGACGACCGGAUGCGGAUGGAACGUGUACGCGAGACAAAAGUCGCUUGAGACCGCCGGCUGAUCGAGUCUGAAGGGAGAUUCGCCGCUCGUUGAGACCAUGAGACGUACAGGUCUCGGGGGGAAAUCGAUCAUCGUGGGAAAAUCGAAGUGAUAUCAGCGAGGCUGCAUGCGCGUCUAUCAGAGGUCCGGUUGAGCGUUCGCGCUUGUUCGUUCGUACACCGAGCCGAGGUAGAUUCGAGUCUCGCGCGAUGCCGGGAACGCGCGACGAGGGAGACGUAGCGUAAGCGGGAGAAGUGCGUCGCGCUAGCAGAGCGGAUCCACACAGAUCGGUCGCGCGCAGCGAGGUCGCAGCAGAGAUGGACUGCUGCAAUUACGUCGAGGCUUACUCGGCAGGUGGUCACUUUUACCAGCAGCAGCAGCAGCAGCAGCAGCAGCAGCAGCAGCAACAGCAGCAGCAGCAGCAGCAGCAGCAGCAGCAGCAGCAGUACUUUUGUUACGACAAUGGUAACGCUGCUUACGCCGGCUACGACGCCGCGCCGAUCUCCAACGCGAUCGAGAUCAACGCUCGAUACAACGGGGCGAUACCAACCACCUACCCGACAGAUUACGUGUACAAUCCGAAGGAGGCGAGGCUGCGGAAGGCGAUGCGCGAGCAGAGCCGCGAGCAGAGCCGCGAACGUUCGCGGCGUUCGAUCCUGCAGAGCGCGAUCGCGAUCGCGAACGCCCGCACCGCCGCGAUCGGCGGCCCCCCCGCCGUAUCUGCGUCGUUGACCGGCGGCUUUCUGAGCCAGCAUCAUCGUACCUUCGACUGCGUGCCGGCGGCGGUGCCGUCUGUGCCCAUGGGACCCGGCAUAGGUCCUCCUCAUCGAGCGACCGAGGCCUGGUUCCAAGCGACGCAUCGCCCCAAGCCCGUCCAUUCGUCGCGGAUCGGCGAUUGGUACGACAGCAUUGACGGCGAUCCCAUCGAGAGACUGCAGGCGAUGGGUACGAUGCACCAGCAGCAGCAGCAGCAGCAACAGCGCGGCCUCGACAAGACUUCCAUCAAGGACCAAAGGAGUCAGGCGGCGGACUGUGCCGCUGCGUUCUCCUCCAACGGCCACUCGCCGGACUUUGCAGCCGGCGAGAGGGAGAUUCGCAGGCAGGAGUCCGCGGCGGAAUACGCCGACUUUGUCGACGGCCAGAAGUGGCACCCUUAUCAAAAUAGCGCGAGCCCUCAUCCACAUCCAAGGACGCCUCAUCCGUCACCGCAAAUGGCCGGCAUCCUUCACCCGAAUGUUCAGAAUACGAACGCGCACGGGCACACACACGGUCCGUGGGGCCAAUUUUGUCACGAUGUCCCCGCCAUGACUCGCAAUGCGGCGAUCCGGGGCCCGCGACAUGCCAUUUUCCUGCGAGAUCGACCGGCGACCAGGCACUGCGCCUUCACGGAGGACGCGUCGCGAAUGGGCUACGCUCCGAGCAAGCUGGACGUCGAAAGUAUUCGUGCGUCUUAUCCACCGGCGGAGCAUCAGAUGCCGAGGCUGUUGGAGUCGGCGGUGGAUUCCGUCAUAGACUCGACGACGACGAUGAAUCGCCGCGAGGAGGACGGCGGGACCAGACGAUGGGAGCCGAGUACCGUCACCACUGAGGUAUCUCUGAAUGAACUCGUGCCAACCUCCAUGCCACAGGAAAGCGCGCUUUCCCGCGAGAAGGAGCGCCAACCUUGGCGCUCAGCUGAGCGCUUGGAGCUGAAGAAGAAGCCCGUAGCGAAGCAGCCGCUUCCUGGCUUUCAUCAGGCCUUCGGCUCGACGGAGAUCGGCAGGUUCUCCAGGUCGGAGUUCUUCGUGAACAUGGUGGGCGAGAACGGCAGCGGCGACGGCGGUGGUGGUGGAGGCAGAGGCGACAUCGGCGAAGUGGAUAGCGGCGACGUAAGUAGGGAACGACCGCCGCUGUUGGACAUGACGAGAAACACCGCGACGAUUACGGUCGCGGCUAUGGCCGCGACUGCUGCAGUCGCGGCUAGAGCCGCGACUGCAGCCACUGCGGCGACCGCGGCUACCACGAGCGCCGAAAGGACCUUCGACCACGAGGACCAGGCGACGUUCGCCGUCGGCGACGGCGUCGUCGGUGCGUCGUAUUGCAGACAGCCGGUGACGGUGCCGCGAUGGCACAGUCCACACGUAGGUGCUAUAGGUAGCGAAAUUUAAGCGAGUCCAUCUGUGCGGUAUCGUGCGCUUAGUCGGCAGACGCUUGCCGGUGUGUCUUUGCAUUAUUGAGAAAUUCGCCGUUAAAAGCUAUCUAAAAGAGCUAUCUAAAUAAUCGCGAUAAAUUGACCCGGGGGAGGGAAUUCAUAUUUUUCGACUAUUCGGAGGAGAAGCAAACGAGUCUCAUUCUGAUUUGUUAUCGCCAUGAGCGUAGACUAUGUUUUUGGGUGAUCAAAGUACACUGGCAAGUGUCACCGAUACGACAGCGGAAUACCGUUAUAGAUCGACUUCGGUAGGACAAUGUCCUUGUCUCGUUUAGGCUAAAGCGGUCCCCGUAGCUUUCCGACGCGCGAUGGUUUGCGACGAGGUCACACACUGCGAUAUAUCACUCUUCCGAUAGUAGAGAGGAAGCCGCGAUUGUGACGUAAUCGAUUUUUUUAUGUGUAGAAAAUUUUGGUAUGUAGCAAGCAACUAUCCGUAUAUUCCGUGUUGCGUGUGUUAAUGAGAAGUUUAUCUUACGGAACCGACGUAAUUGCAGUGAACUCGAACGUUGCCACGUUGAAGACACGCGCGAGAGUAAUCUCCGCGUAUACCCGCGACGUAUUUGCGACGAAAUCGAGCUCGUCGAGAUUACGUCGGCUCUUCAAUCUCUGAACUUCCCGCCGUGACAAAAUCUUCGUCAGCACCCGCAGCGCCGCGUCGAGAAGGAUGAAGCGGGAUACGCGCGUCACGCGUAACGAAUGCGAGUGCAUCGAUUAGCGAAAGCUGUCGGGGAUCGAUGUUGGCGUACGAAACGUCCCGACAAACUGCGAACGUUCGUCGAGAUUGUGCCUUCCAGAGGAUCGGGGACGCGUCGGGGAUUCUCGUCGAGUUCUCUCGCCUUAUCGAGAAUCAAAGCAGCACGAUACAUCGCGUCUCGUAUGCCAAAAGGAAGAUAUAAUCAAAAGAGAAAUCGUGCCGAGACGAUCCGUAUGCGAUCGGCAUCUUCCAUCACUGUUGUUAGAUAUCGUCGGCGUUGUACAUGCCGAAGAGCGAUUGUAUGUACAUAUAUAUACACACACACACACACAUAUAUAUGUGUGUGUGUGUGUGUGUACGUAUAUAUAUGUAUAAUACUCGUGUAACGGAGAAAGACGAAUACGCGCGACGAAGAAAGCAAGUUAUUUAGUAGAAUCCUUAGGUGAGUACGUAUUGACGCGCGGAGAAACGAUCAAAUAAAAGUGAACGCUGCGAGCGUAGGAAGCCGAGAAGCCGACAGGUUGAACAUUCUUCCAAUUCUGGAAAAUAAUUGCGAAGGGGGAUGCACGGUGGUUCAUGUUAAGAAUCUGCGUCGGAACGUCUCUCAGCAGGUUUUCGCGCCACCUUUGACUGAUACUUUCGCUUUACAGCCACGAAAUCGUCAAUUAAAUUUUCUCUACGUACUGAUUAUCAAUUAAGAUGAUAUUUUUACGUAUCAUGCUUUACCACGCAUUUCUCAAUGCGUGGUACGUAUCAACUGACGUUCAUUCAUAUUUGACUUGGUCCGCUUCGUGAUACGUCAGCCUCGAGUCGGAAUCUCAUUUCGCGCUUUUCAUCCUGCACUGUCUAACGCAUUCUAAUGAAGUAUUUGCGCGACGUUUUGCAGGUUCUUAACACGUACUUGUAUCUAUCUGCUUGUGUCUAGUUGAUCGACCAGUUAAUUCGAGAUAAAUUCGUGCCGGACAUCCUGUACCUAUGAUGGGACCAAAUUAAAAGAAAAAAUGACUUUUAUGUCGCGUUCACCGUCGCGCUUACGUCCUACGUAUGAUCGCGUAAAAAGAAAAAGAAAAAAAAAGUGAAAACUUCCCUCAUUCUGUUCGCGCGAUCGCUCGCGAGUGAAAGCAAAAUGCCGCACCUCCGCUCCGAUACGUGGAAUAUAUUCUACGGGAUUAGCGCGCGUGUGUGACAUGAAAGUAUAUUAAUAUAAUUCGAAAAUAUAUUCCACUUCUUGUGCGACGGAACCGAACGUAACCAUCACGCCUUAACGAAACGUACUCAGCCGUCGAAUCGAGGAGCGUGCAUGAAUAUCAUAUAGUGGGAAAACAAAUAAAUAAAUUAUAUCCGUAGAACGAGAGGAGAAAGCUCGAGGUAACCGAAACGCUUAGGUAUCGAUAGUAAUGCGGUGUUGUAAAGAGAUCUUCUUCCUGUCGAUAUACCGCGCACUUGCCGAUAUGAGACAUAAGUAACCACUGAAGAAGAAGAAGAGGAAGAAGAGGAAGAAGAAGAAGAGGAAGGAGGAAAAGAAGAAGAAGAAGAAGAAGAAGAAGAAGAAGAAUGAGAAACAUGAGAAAUACUGUUCAAUUAAUCCGAAAAAUGUAAAUGUACUCGUGCGAUAUACAAUAUCAUUAGCAACGGUAGCUAAAGGAGAUCAAUCAAACCGAC